AUGGCAACUCCUUCACCUCACUUAGUUUCUCUUCUUCAAAGUAAACUUGAUACACUAAUAGGGAAGAAAUCAAGUUACAUCGAAAAUUUAUCUGAACCUGUUAAGAAACGAGUAAAUGCAUUGAAGUAUUAUCAACAAGAACACGCGAAAUUAGAAGCAAAAUUUCAACAAGAGAUUUUAGCUGUUGAAAAAAAAUACUCGGAACUAUAUAAACCUUUAUAUGAUGUUCGUUCAAAAAUUGAUACUAUCAAAGAAAAAGAUAUUAAAGAAAAGAAAAUUGAUACUAAGGGAGAAGACACUGAAAAGAAUGACGCUAAAGAAAAUGAUACUGAGAAGAAUGAUAUCGAAGAUGUACAUCAAUAUUAUAAACAUAGAAGAAGUUCUUCAAUGGAUUCUUUAGAUUCUGUUAAUGAAAUGUCUGCAUAUUAA